GCAGUUCUGAUUUUCCAUGCGUAUGCUCAUGUUCAACACUGCCAGGUUAAGCUCAACCCUAAAUAUAGAGAUGGGUUUGGCUUGACAGAUGGUGAAUGUUUGGAACGCCUCUGGUCAUAUCUUAACCGCUUUGUGACGAUGACCAGAAAGAUGGGA